UCAUUAGAUGUAUAAAUAGGGCCUUGUGAAGUUUAGGGAUACAGUGUCGUCCGUUUUAGUCGCCGUAUACAUUCUGUCAUCAAUAUGUCUGGUCGUGGUAAGGGAGGAAAGGUGAGAGCAAAGGGAAAGAGCAGAAGCAGUCGCGCUGGACUGCAGUUCCCUGUUGGACGUAUCCAUCGUCAUCUUCGUAAGGGCAACUAUGCCGAGAGGGUUGGCGCUGGCGCUCCCGUCUACCUGGCUGCCGUCGUUGAGUACCUGACCGCCGAGGUGCUCGAGUUGGCCGGUAACGCUGCUCGCGACAACAAGAAGUCAAGAAUUAUCCCACGUCAUCUGCAGCUGGCCAUCCGCAACGACGAGGAGUUGAACAAGCUGCUCUCCGGAGUCACCAUCAGCCAGGGAGGUGUCCUGCCCAACAUCCAGGCUGUCCUGCUGCCAAAGAAGACUGCCAAGGCCCAUUAAAUGGGAAUCGACGCCUGUACCAGUGAAACCAACCGGCCCUUUUCAGGGCCAC